AUGACCUGCAAUGUGUGUGGAGCAAAAGAGUCGGAGUAUCAUUUCGGUGGAAUGUGUUGUAGGUAACCGAUUCGAUGAUUUUCAACGAAGAUGGCAUUGUGAUUUUCAGAGCGUGUGCGGCGUUUUUCCGGCGAUGCGCCCACUCGAAGAAGGUGUUCAUCGUGUGCACGUGCAAGAAGCGAAUGGAGAAUUCGCAUCCGUGCCGGUACUGUCGAAUGGGACGAUGUCUGGACAUCGGCAUGGAGUUGGACAGUGAGUCGGAACGUGAAAAAUACCGUUUAUUCAACACUACAAGGUAGAAUUGUAAAAAGAAAGUUCGUGGACAAUUUUGAGAUGUUCUGACCCUUGUAUUGCCCAGAUCAGCUAACAAAUUCCUUCUAAAAAGUGUAAUGUUGUCUUCCAGGAGUGCAAGUGCCACGUGACAAAAUUGAUGCGAGCAAAGCAGUGAUCACACCUUCGGAGAGUCCGCCAGACUUUUCUCUCCUGAAUGUGAGUGUCCUUUUUGUAUUUAUGACUAGUGCUUUCUAGGAAUUACGAUCAGAUAGAGCAUAAAAAGUAAGUAUUAGCGCUAUGAAGCUUAACUCCAAUGUACUCUCAUAAUUCCCAUUUCCAGUGUCGAAUAAUCCCUCGCGAGACCCCAAAUGUCUCUUCGACUCUCUCCAAAUGGGGAAGCUUUGAAGAUCGACGUGCCGAGUUGGGCAACUCGAAAAUCACGACGCUGAAUGUGUACGAGGCGACGUGCUACACAAAAUCCGACUGUUUCUGCAUCACCCAACUCUUCCAGGCGGUCUUUUCGACGAUGCGAGAACUGUCCGAACGGGACCAGGUAGGACCAAAGCGGAUGAAAACCACAACAAAAAUGAUUUACAGACGACCCUCGCGUCGAAUGUUCUGCAAAAAUGGGUGCUGAUGGAGUGCGCCAUCGACUAUGCGGCCAACCGGGACAAAUGGGAACGGAUCAAACGGAACGGAGAGUUCGACAAAAUGAUUGUGAGCUUUUACGGAAGUGCGAUGCCAGAAGAGACCCGAAUGAAGGAUUCCGACUUGUUACAGUUAGUUUACCAAUUUUCUAUUUAAAAAAGCAAGACUACUAGUAUCUCUAGUGGUCUUGGGGUUCAAGUCCCGCAUAGGGGUCCUUUGGAAACCCCUGUAUUUCCAAGGUACGGGACAUAAACCGAUCUCGGAUUUUUCCUGAACGGGCGGUGUUGGUACAUUUUCCUCUUGGUUCCGCUUCGCUCCCCUGUAGCAUAGUUGUUUUUCAAUUUCAGAAACUUUUGAUGCUCUUUAGAUUGUUCGCUCCCUACUGGUACAGUUACUACAAUGUGACCCACGUGGCAAUCGCCGAUCGGAAGUUCGAUCACUUCGAGUACUCGGCGCUCUUCCUGCUGCUCAUGUUCGAUUACGGUAACUUUGUGAGACACGCUCAAGAAUCGGGAAUCAUUGAAAAUCAUUGCAGCGUACACGAAUAUAAGUGAGGACUGUCGAAAAAUGUGUGAAAACGUACGGAAAGUGAUAUUACGCGAGUUGAAAGGAUACCAAACCGACAAGAAUUACGAAGAGACUCGACUUCUCGAGACUGUCGAAAUCCUUUCGGUUUUGGAAAAGGCCGAGAAGAAAUUCGAGGAGGAGGUGCUGAUUUGCGAGAUGCACAAUAUCAGUUUGCAUGAGGACUUUUUGCAAAUUUCGAAAACUUGUAAAUAUUAG